AUCAGUAACUAGAUAAAGCGGAUUAUAGGAACCCUUCAAUUCCAGGAGGUAAAAUAUUGUGCCAUGGAAGUCUUCAUUUGAACAGAAAAUUUAGUGCCUAUUUCCAUUUUGAGAUUUUUAUACCUAGACGCAUGAAGUUUUAUACAGUGUAUAGAGUCAGUAGUACUGGAGUGAAUUCCGCUGAACAUCCAACUGAAACCUCCAGAUCUUGACAUCGGUGAUUGGCCUAUCCCAGGUUAUCUCGCCACUCUACAUGAAAACCUGAGAAGUCAUGGCAAGCAGCAGUAGAAAUGCGGGACCCGAAUUUGAAGCCUCGUUUUCCUCAUCCUUCUGUACAGAACUAGAUGCACAGAUGCUGGUUGCCAUGGAAAAAUUAGAAAGACCCUCAAGGUCACAGAAGGACCAACAAAAUGGUGGGGCUAAAAUUACCAAAACUGCUGGCCUGACCUCGACUCCACUGAGUGAGACACCGUUACCAAAACGUCAAUCCCAGCUGAUGAAAUCCCUUUUCACCCUCCAGAGCCCCUUAAAUGACAGCCUUUUCACUCUCCAGAGCCCUUCAAAUGACAAUCUUCUCUCCCCAUUCCCAUCACAAACUGAAACAUCCAUAGGAAAGAGGGUGGCGGAAAAACCAACCCCUGCAGGUAGACACAGGUCUAAUGCUGGAGGUAUAAGGUGCUCCAGGAAGAGGUCUAGAAAGGUAUUGGAUGAAAUCGUCAAUGACAAAUCAGAGAAUGAAGCCUUAAGGGGCUUAGAGGUUGAUGAAGAUGUUGGAGACAAGCUGUUAUUGAGUAACUGGGGACUCCCAGAGACUGUAUUAAAACAGUACAAAGACAAAGGAAUUACUUCCAUGUUCCACUGGCAAGCGGAAUGUCUGUGUCUGCCUGGGGUCCUGGGGGGAGGUAACUUGGUGUAUUCUGCUCCCACCAGUGCUGGUAAAACCAUGGUGGCAGAACUGCUUGUUUUGAAGCGGGUCCUGGAAACAAAGAAGAAAGCCAUCUUCAUCCUGCCAUUUGUGUCCGUGGCCAGAGAAAAAAUGUUUUACUUACAGCAACUGUACCAGGAUGUGGGCGUGGUGGUGGGCGGGUUCAUGGGAAGUUACUCCCCGCCGGGAGGGUUCAGUAAGGUGGAUGUCGCCGUCUGUACAAUAGAGAAAGGAAACGGGCUGAUUAAUCGAAUGAUGGAGGAAAACGGCAUCAACAAGCUAGGUAUUAUAGUGGUGGAUGAGUUGCACUUGGUGGGGGACCAGCAUAGGGGCUAUCUACUCGAGCUGAUGCUGACCAAAAUCCGAUUUCUCAGUCAGAAGACACGCAUGUUACCGGCUGACACAAAGGAUUCUGGGUUGGUGGAGGGUGUUCAGAUUGUUGGUAUGAGCGCCACCCUGCCAAACUUAGACCUCCUGGCCCACUGGCUGGAUGCCACACUCUACCGCACGGACUAUCGCCCGGUCCCUUUAGAGGAGUGCGUCAAGCUGGGGACAGACAUUUUCGAUUCCCGUCUACAGAAGAUCAGAGAGGUGGAUCUCAGUGUGGUGUAUAAAGGGGACACUGAUCAUGUGAUCCCGCUCUGUAUAGAAACACUCAGCGGGGGGCAUUCGGUGCUCAUUUUCUGUCCCACCAAAAGCUGGUGUGAAAAGUUAGCAGAGACGAUUGCCAGGGAGUUUUAUGGAAUUCUAAAGAAAGGGGUGGAUCUAUGGAAUAAAGGACCAGGAACAGAUUCCUCAUUGCCACCUUUACCGCUGAACAGAAGCUCCCUGCUUGAGGUGGUAGAACAACUGAUGAGAACCCCUGUGGGGCUGGAUUCCACCCUGGGAAAAACUGUACCUUACGGAGUGGCUUACCAUCAUGCAGGUUUGACCUUUGAUGAGCGGGACAUUCUAGAGGGCGCCUUUAGACAGGGGUCAGUAAAGGUCCUCGUGGCUACAUCCACUCUGUCGUCAGGGGUCAAUCUCCCUGCCCGCCGUGUCAUCAUUAGGACCCCAAUGUUCCACGGCAAGACCAUCGACUUUCUGACCUACAAACAGAUGAUUGGUCGAGCUGGGAGGAAAGGGGUGGAUACUCAGGGUGAGAGUAUUCUGAUCUGUAAGUCCAAUGAAAAAAGCAAGGCUGUGACCUUGGUAAAAUCUGAACUGCCCCCUGUCAGGAGCUGUCUCAUCAGAAAGCAAGGGGAGCAACUCAGCUCCAGCAUCAAAAGAGCCAUUCUAGAGAUUGUUGUAAGUGGGGUAGCUGUAUCAGUAUCGGAUAUAACAGCGUACGCGUCCUGCACGAUGUUAGCAGUAUCCCUAGAGACCAGCUCCGAUGAAAGGCAGGCUAUGAUCUCUGACUGUAGUCAGUUCCUACAAGACAACGAGUUUGUGUCGCUGCAACAAGUACACUGUACAGAUGGUAAAACAGAGGAGCGAUUUGUUCCCACCCAGCUGGGGGCGGCUGUCCUGGCCUCUAGUCUGUCCCCUGACGAAGGCUUGGUCGUGUUCGCUGAGCUCCAGAAAGCGAGACAGUGUUUUGUGUUGGAGAAUGAGCUUCACAUCAUAUAUCUAGUGACUCCGAUCUACUCCCUUGACCUGGGGGGAGGCAUGGACUGGUACAAGUUCUACUGUCUCUGGGACAAGCUCUCCCCUGACAAAAAGAGAGUGGCCCAACUUGUGGGGGUCAAAGAGGCAUUUCUCACCAGGGCUAUUCAGGGGAGGGUACCAACUAACACAGAGAACCAGAUGAGGAGUUUAGCCAUACACAAAAGAUUCUAUACCUGUCUGAUUCUGAGCGACCUGGUACAGGAAGUACCCCUAGGUGAGGUGUGUCAUCGCUAUGGCUGUAACAAAGGCCAGCUCCAAUCCCUCCAGCAAACAGCAGCAACAUUUGCAGGUAUGGUGACAGUGUUCUGUGGGAGGCUGGGCUGGUACAACCUGGAGUUAAUCCUCGGUCAGUUCCAGCACCGUUUGACCUUCGGGGUCCAGCGAGAGCUGUGUGACCUUGUCCGUCUGACCUUGCUGAAUGGACAGCGGGCCCGUGUGUUGUAUGAGGGAGGCUUUCAUACUGUGGCUGCUCUAGCUAAUGCCAAUGUUGCAGAUGUGGAAAAAAUCUUCAAGAAAUCAUCACCAUUUCAGAGUUCCAAGAGACAGGAGAAUGAGACGGAUUGGGAGGCGGUCAGGCGUCAGGAGAGUCGGUGUAUCUGGCUGACCGGACGUAAAGGUGUGACAGAGCUCGAAGCAGCCGAGGCCAUCAUAGACGAGGCCAAAUCCAUCAUCCAACAGGAACUGGGAGGACUAGGAAUCCAGUGGAAUAAUCCAGAGUGCAGGGACAUCCAGGGUGAGACAAGUCCGGAUGAGAGUGGUAAGAAGCGUUUAAGUCCAGAAAACAGUGGGAUUGGAUGGAGUAAGCCGAGAGGAAGGAGGUUAGUGAGGAAAAGAAAAUCACAGGGGAAAAGUAGUCCUGGGAUGUCCACCUCACGUCUCGGAAUGUCCACCUCACGGAAUUCAGGGGGUGAAGAUGCUGGUGUAAUGGAGAGGUUGAUUGUGGUCAGUCCGCCAGGCAUUAGUACACAGAAACACUCAGACAAAAGCAUCAGACUGGACCAUCCACUGAAAUCAAGUACGGAAAAAUGUACCAUGGGAAGUACGGGAGUCUGUGAAAACGAAAGUGAUAAAGUAAAAGUUGGGAAGGAAAAUCUGGUGAAAUCUUCUAAGAAAAUGAUGAUUGAAGCAGAAGUUUAUCCUGUUUCAAAUGGUCAAUGUGCUGAAGGAUUUUCUGUGGAAGAGAAGACGAGUUAUGACAAUGUUCCGAAACAGUCGGUGCUCUGUGAAGGAUCAAAUAAACAAAUACCACUGGAGGAAGUUCAGAAAUCUUGUACCAUUGAACACAUAAACAGACAUGUUACACAAAACGUGGCUCCAGGGCUUCACACUUCGUCCUCUAUCUCCCAGACAUCCUCAUCACUAUCGACAAAAUCAACGGGAAGAUCUCAGUUCACUCGUCCAAAUCCACCAAAACCAAACAUUAUCUCCACUGAAAUUAGCAAGUCAGCUACAAAAUGUGGAUCAGUGAAUUUCUCCACAUCUUCUGCGGGGAUGACAUCCACUCUUCCAUGCUCCAUUUCUUCUUCCGUUGUGUCAUCAAUUGUUUCUUCGUCUACUGAUUCAGCGCAAAAGGCAAAGAAUCAAAAUCAAAGAGGUGUAAAGUCCGAUGGAAAUGUGGCUUCAUUAGGGAAGCAAGAGACUACAUCCCAGUCUCCUCCGAGUAUGAGGAGUCUCAAGUGUAGAGCUAAAACAGAUGAAAGACGGACCUCGUCCAAUUCACUAGAUGUGUGUACAGAGCAAGACACACAGAAAACCACCAGAGAUACCGGCGGGGAUGUUGUGCAUGUGGAGGGAAGUCGUGGAGAGGACAUGGAGCACAGAGUUAUAGAGGACAUGGUCUGUGCAGAAGAUUUCACUGAUAGCUUUGUGUUUGAAUCGCAGAUGGCGGGAAAUCAAUCAAAAGUAGCAAGUCUGGGUACUGAAGGAAAUCAAUUAAAAGUUACAAGUCUGGGUACUGAAGGAAAUCAAUUAAAAGUUACAAGUCUGGGUACUGAAGGAAAUCAAUCAAAAGUAGCAACUCUGCAUACUGAAGAAAAGUCUGAUCCAAAAUCAAAGAAGAAUCCAAAGGAAAAUAUAUCUAGUGUUCAGGAUGAGGAGCGUGGAUCUGAUGGGGCAAACACGAAGAGAUGUACAGGAAUUGGGAUCAUGAAGAAGUCUGUUGCAGAUGAGAAUUCUCAUAGGCAGGCAUUAGAUUGUGGCAGUUCUCAAGUCGUAGUCGCAGAAAAAUCAGAUAACCCUUCCAGAAGCUAUCAAAUCGGCAAGGGCUCUCAGAAACAGAAUAGUUUGACCUCUUUGUCUAAAGGAACUGUUCAUGAUGAUGAAAACUGUAUCAAAAUCGUGAACAAUGGAAAAACAGCUUGUGUUGCUUCUCCUAAUGAAGUCAAAGUUAACUGUGAUAAAGAUCUGAAUCUUAGCAGUAGUCUGCUAUCAUCACAUGACAUGUCAUGUGACUUGUUGCCAGCCAGUAAUUUUGAGAGAUGUAUGAUGUUGGAUGAUGAGUCGGAUGUUUGUGGAGAUGAGUCGUACAGGGACCUCAGAAUUCCCUAUCUCAGCGGACAGGAGGCUUGUUUCAUUGACAGUGAGAAGAGGACUCCUCCCACACAGGGCAGAUAUGACCAGUUGUCACGGGACUUAGUGCUGGCCCUAGAACUCGGCGAUACUUUUCCUGAAGACGCUAUCGGAACACAAAAUAAAAAGAUAUCAGAACCGAGCUUUCCAUCAAAAAUCAGUAAUACAAACAGUGAGAAAAAGAAGACCUUGAAGAGCUUAGGAGCAACAGAUCAGAUAAGGGCAGCAAGUGACAAGAUUAAUAAUUGUGAUAUUAAGAAAUCUUGUCCAAGUGUUAGAGGGGAAAAAACAGAAGAUGUACAGACUGAUGAGAUACAGGAAAUGAACGACUCACUGACUCUGUCUAUGGUGUACGAAGUGUUAGAAAAAAGUGAUAACGCGAGGUGCAAGACAAAAUCAGGUGUGGUGUCGAGUGAUUGUAAAUUUACUCAGAUGAAAACCAGUAAGGGUUCUCAGUGUAAAGACAAGCGACUGAGUCCGAGUAAAGGAUCUCAGUGUAAAGACAAGCGACUGAGUCCGAGUAAAGGAUCUCAGUGUAAAGACAAGCAACUGAGUCCGAGUAAAGGAUCUCAGUGUAAAGACAAGCGACUGAGUCCGAGUAAAGGUUCUCAGUGUAAAGGCAAGCGACUGAGUCCGGGAACGUUAGCAUUCCUGGACGACCUUCACCCCACUAUAGAUACAGAUAGCAGUACUUUAGAGGGUCAGUCCCCGCCCCCUAAAAAUAUAGGUCAGGGUACAAAAACUAGACAUCAAGGAAAUACAAGUGUUAGACGGAAAACUGAUGCGAGAAAAACCAAAAGAAAAAGUAUGGAGAGCCCUGAAGACUGUCAGGAAAAGAAAUCUAGAGAAGAGAAGACCAGAAGCCAGGAGUGUUUGUCCCCCACCCCUCCCAGGUCUGGUCAGGUAAACUCCCCACAGACCAUCAGAAAGGCCACGCCUAAUCGACUCAGAUCACAGAAACAAGGCUUGAAAACCAACAGUGUCAGAAAAUGUAUAAAUACUUGUAAAACUUUCCAGGGCCGCGAUAAAGGCAUGGUACAUAAAUCUACUGAAAAUGAUUUACCAAAGUUUGAGAAAUUGAAUCAUGAAGACGUAUCUGAAGAACUGCCUUGUGAAGAGCGAGGACCCAUUGUGGACCCCAAUGACACGGGGAUCCCUCCCUCCCAGGGGUCGUUCACCAUUAUCGAUGUCUGCGCUGAUCAGAGAUUGUUCGAGACGUUUAUCAAAGAGUGGCAGGGACAGUUCACAUUUGCCAUCUCCAUUGCCUGUAGGGUCAGGCCUGAGGACCCAGUGUCUAAUGCAGGAAAAAUUGGAGCCAAGUUUUCCAAAGCAGGGAAUGCAAACCAGCAUACUAAAGACCAAUCAACCAGAGUUAGUUCCCUUGGAUUACCUGUGACAGGGAAGAACCUGUUAAUUACAGGUGUGUCAAUCAGCUGGGAAGACAGGGAUGCUUAUUUCAUUUCCUUCACCCGGGAGAAUAUGGAGGAUGAAGAUGACUCCGACUUAUCUCCCCCAGACCUGGAUAAAUCACUGUCGGUGUCUGCUCGACUGGCAGCCAUUAAGCAACAACUGGAAGAGAGAGAUGACUAUACAGCGGUUGCCAUGGAUACCAAGUCCUGUUAUGGGGCCCUAGAGAGUGGCUGUGGAAUAUGCUGUCGAGGAAAAUUUCAGGACCCUAAAGUAGCCAGUUGGGUGCUAGACCCUGGAGCCAAAGAGAAGAACCUCCACCGCAUGGUUCACGAUUAUCUCCCUUUAGAGGCGUUUCUGUUAGAAGGUAUAGGGGGCGGGGUGGGGUGUGGAAGCCUGGGAAUGUCCCCUGAGAACCCCUGCACGGGUCGAUUGCGGGCCUGUACCGAGGCCGUCCUACUGACCCACUUAAUGCAGUACUUCACCCUCUGUCUGACACGGGAGAACCUGCUGACCGUGUUCCGGGACGUUGAGAUGCCUUCUGUUGUUACUCUGUCACGGAUGGAGAUGAAUGGGUUUGGUUUUAAUGAUGAAGAAUGUGACAGACAGAAGAUUGUAAUGAUUGCUCGACUUGAAGAACUGGAAACUCAGGCCUACCAGCUAGCGGGGCACCAGUUUUCUCUGACGUCAACAGAAGAUCUCUCCCAGGUGCUAUUUAUAGAACUCCAGCUACCUGUUAAUGGUGACUCUGGUAGUCUGGGACAGCCCACCAAGCCGAACCGCCGCGCCCCCUCCCGUCGUGGUCGUCAAAGGACCCAGUUUUCCACCUCCAAGGAUGUCCUAGAAAAACUCCAGCCCCUCCACCCCCUCCCUGGGGUAAUCCUGGAGUGGCGUCGCAUUAUUGGUGCCCUGACGAAGGUGGUAUUUGCCCUUCAGAAGGAGAAAGUGUUGAUGGAGAGUCUCGGGAUGUAUAGGAUUUUUACGGACGUCCAGUUCUUCUCGGCGACUGGAAGGGUCAGUCUGUCGGAGCCUAAUAUACAGAACGUGCCUAAAGACUUUCAGAUUACUGCCUCAGAUCCAAGGGAGGUUACCACUGCAAGCCUUAGAAACAAGAACCGUAACUCUGGACAGUCUUUUAGUUUGGCUCCAUCUUUCAAUGUCAGCAUGAGACAUGCCUUCAUUCCUUUUCCAGGAGGAGUGUUACUGGCAGCGGACUAUUCACAGUUGGAGUUACGCAUGAUUGCACACCUAUCCCAGGAUUCCAAGCUUAUACAGAUCCUGAAUGGUGACGGGGAUGUGUUCAAACUGAUUACAGCUCAGUGGAAGUCAAUCAGUGUUCAAGAGGUCACCCCGGAACAAAGGCAACAGGCCAAACAGAUCUGUUAUGGAAUGCUUUAUGGUAUUGGAGCCAGGGCCCUGGGGGACACUUUGGGAGUGGACGAAAAUGACGCUGCUGUCUUCAUCCAGACCUUCAAGUCUAAGUACCCAGGAAUGAGGCGUUAUCUGAAGGAGACAGUGGAUAAGUGUUGUAAGCAGGGAUUUGUGGAGACCAUCAGUGGGCGUCGCCGGUAUCUUCCAUCAAUUACAAACACAAACCCCUACAUUAGAGCACAUGCUGAGAGACAGGCUGUCAACACCACAGUUCAGGGGUCAGCCGCUGACCUUGUCAAGGUCGCCAUGAAUAGGAUUGAUCGAAGACUGUCUGAAAUGUUUCCUCUCUCGCAGAAAUCUCUUCUACACAAAGAACAAGAUGGGUGUGUCCAAGCCGCGGGAGACCGGUGUUAUUUUGUGUUACAGCUUCACGAUGAACUGAUUUACGAGGUCUCGAAAAGCUGUCUGAACCUGGCAGCAAAGGUCAUCAAAGACGAAAUGGAGACAGCAAUGACCUUGUCUGUAAAAAUGCCAGUCAAGGUCAAAUCUGGGUCAUCCUGGGCUACAAUGGAGGAUUUGGUGGUGUGAUUAUUAAAUGCUGAUCUCUCAUGUGUGUAGAAAAUUACUAUCAAAUUCACCGUCUGUCACAUGUAGAAAAAUUAUAUUGAUAUGUGAUAGACAUGUGAGUGGGUAUUAUUCAGUGAGUUGUGAAAUGAGAGGUUGAAUUACAUUGAUGUCUGAUAGACUCGUGACUGAGUUGUGAGAUGAGAUAUCGGUUACAUUAUGGGUACAUUGAUAUCUGAUAGACUUGUGAGUGAGUUGUGAGGUGAGAUAUUGGUUACAUUAUGGGUACAUUGAUAUCUGAUAGACUCGUGAGUGAGUUGUGAGAUGAGAUAUCUGUUACAUUAUGGGUACAUUGAUGUCUGAUAGACUCGUCAGUGAGUUGUGAAAUGAGAGGUUGAAUUACAUUGAUGUCUGAUAGACUUGUGAGUGAGUUGUGAAAUGAGAUAUCGGUUACAGUAUGGGUACAUUGAUAUCUGAUAGACUCGUGAGUGAGUUGUGAGAUGAGAUAUCUGUUACAUUAUGGGUACAUUGAUGUCUGAUAGACUCGUCAGUGAGUUGUGAGAUGAGAUAUUGGUUACAGUAUUGGUACAUUGAUGUCUGAUAGACUCGUCAGUGAGUUGUGAAAUGAGAUAUCGGUUACAGUAUGGGUACAUUGAUGUCUGAUAGACUCGUCAGUGAGUUGUGAGAUGAGAUAUCGGUUACAUUAUGGGUACAUUGAUGUCUGAUAGACUCGUCAGUGAGUUGUGAGAUGAGAUAUCGGUUACAGUAUGGGUACAUUGACUGUGAUAAUUGUCAUUUUGAUAUUCUGUUUAUAACUAGUCAUUUUAACUGUGUUGUUAUGAUUUGACUAAAAAAUAAUUUGAAUCAAAUUUUCAUGAGUGUAUUGCUCAACAGUGUUCUUCAGUGUACAUGUUGUAGAUUUUAAUGUAAUAUAUUUUUGUUAUGCACUAUUUUUUUUAUUUACGUUUAAGAAUUGACAUGAAUAUUACAUUCCAAACUAACAAGAAUGGUUUAAAAGUACUAAUGAUAAUAAUAUUGACAGUGUAACAAUUUCGGAUAAGGGGCACCUGUUUUGUCAUGCGUCUGUAUACUGAAACACAUAGGUGAUUGUUGAUUUCAAAUCCAUACAGAUUUGCAGAAAUUUUUUUAAAGGCAAUAUAAUAAUAGAAUAAUGAAUUUUUCAGAGUUCAUAAAGUACAAUUUUUGAAUCGGUUUUUACUGUUAAUGACUUUGUCACAUAUCAUAAAUCUGUGUUACACACGGGAUCCACACGACAAAGGUUCAUUUCACCCCUCGUGUUUAAAGUACCUGACUCGCCAGGUUACGCACAGGUGUUGGAUUCAGUUUAUUUACGUUGUAUUUAUGUGUGUUGUAAUUUAUAAUCUUUGUUAUUUUUUUCAAUGGAAUUGUGUAUGAGCAUGAAUGGUUUUUUUACCAUGUUUCAAAAAAUAAUAAACCCAUGAAUCAACUUGUUUGUAAUCUUAAACUGUUGAAUACUGUCAUGUAAUUUACACAUAUCUUUUUCAAUACUUUAAUUAAUCUGCCCUUCAUUGAUGUACUAUCAUUUGAGAUUUGUCAUCAACAAUCAUAUUUGCUGAUGUGUACUUGCCUUUAGCUACUGGGAGGAGCUUGGACCAUCGAAACAAUACCCCUCCACCUUGUCAUGUAUUUGACUAAUCUCUCCAGUUGGUUCCACUUGUACCCUUUCCAUCACUAGUUACUACACACCCCCUCUAGCUGUUCUCUGUGGGUUCCAGUUUUACCUCUCCCUUUCUAUUUACUACACUCCCUCUCUAGCUGUUCUUUGACUCCUUCUAGAUUCUCUGUGGAUUCCAGUUUUACCUAUCCCUCUCUAUUUACUACACUCCCCCUCUAGCUGUACUUUAACCUCCCUCUAGAUUCUAUGUGGAUUCCAGUUUUACCUAUCCCUCUCUAUUUACUACACUCCCCCUCUAGCUGUACUUUAACCCCCUUCUAGGUUCUCUGUGGAUUCCAGUUUUACCUUACUACACUCCCCCUCUAGUUGUUCUUUAACCUCCCUCUAGGUUCUCUGUGGAUUCCAGUUUUACCUCUCCCUCUCUAUUUACUACACUCCCCCUCUAGCUGUACUUAACCUCCCUCUAGAUUCUCUGCACUGAAGUGCCUGCUGUUUGGUGGAUGUUCUGUUUUCUUUUAAAAUGUGUGAUCCAUCCAUCUCAUCUUUUCUUAUUUCUGUCGGGGAUUGCUUUGCCAUUUCCGAUAGGUCUCCAUUUUGUAUUUUCUCGUUCUUUCCGAUAAAAUACAGCUGUUAAUGAAGACUUAGCUUUUUAAAGUCCCCAAUAGUUGUUAUCCAGGUUUCAGAACCAUAGCGAAAUAUAAUUCUUAUUUUAGAAGUAAAGAGUUUAAUCUCAAGGAAGUUCUCCACAUCAUACUGGCCGAUUUCCUUAUAAACAUGGAUGAAAAUAUUUAUACCAGCAAUAUUUGUCUAUUCUUUAUAGAUUUUUAAAAAUGCAUAGCUGAGUAGGUUAUUUAGUUUAGUAGUCCGUGAUUUUGAAGGUGGUAUAAUGCGCACGGGAUUUGUGGGGUUUUUUUUCUCUCUCUAUCUUUUUCACGUACAUGUCCGCAUUCAGCCUAAGUACAUUUUUUGUAUAUGUGUGUGAAAAAUGGCUAAAGUGCACGGGAUUUGUGUGUGUUUUCUCUCUCUAUCUUUUUCACAUACAUGUAUUAUAUAAUCUAGAAGAAUAAAGGUUUGUUCACAUUU